GGCGGGCGCACCGCGCGCUGGAGGCCGGGCACGCGCGCACCCCUGCGGCCGAGCCUCUGCGCGGGUCUAGACGUGCUACUCGGGAAAAAUGUCUUCCUCCAGACUGGGACUUCGUUUGGCUGCCUGUUUACUAAACAUUUCAGAAGCCAGAAGAAAGCAUAUUGUUGAGAACAUAGCAAAGGCAGCUCUACAUGGGAAAAAGGGUCAGAGAAAUCCUGAAGUGUCAGUGCUCAAUGUAUUUUCUGAUCAAGACUACAAUAGAUCAGUGAUUACAAUAGCUGCAUCUAUUGAUGAAUUAGGUAAUUCUGUUCUGGCUGCCUGCUUGGAGGCCUUCCAGUCUGUGGAUAUGGAGGUUCAAGAGGGGAUCCACCCUUGCCUGGGCGCAGUGGACCUGAUUCCCAUUUACCCACUCUCUGGUGUAGGAGUGGAAGAGUGUGGAGCUGUGGCCAGAAGCCUGGCAGAGAGUCUAAUCCUUCACGUCCCCGGAUGCAGCGUGUUUCUCUUUGGUGAGGCUGACCUGCCAGAGAAGCGCAGUCUGGUCCAGAGAAGGAAGCAACUGGGUUGGUUCACAAGGAGAGAUUUCAGUGCACUUGAACGUGACUUGGGAGCUACACCUGCACGAAGAUGUGGCCUGACAGGUGUUGGUGCCAGUCCCUAUGUGAUGAACUGCAAUGUUACAAUAGACUCCGAAGAUUUGGCUUUGGGAAAGGAGAUUGCUAGUGCCAUUCGAGGCUCAAAUGUUAAUGGUUUGAAGGGUGUCCAAGCAAUGGCUUUUCCCCAUGAAGGGAAAAUUGAGAUAGCUUGCAAUGUAGAGAGUUUUGAAGCUCACAGCACUGCAGAAACCUACAAAGACUCUCAGUACAUGGCUUACACUGUCCUUGGGGAUCGUUUUUCUUAUGUGUCUCCCCACUAUAUAGAAACCAGAGUUAGAGAAUUGGCAAGGGAGAAGGGACUGAGUACAUUAGGGAAAGCAUUAAUUGGAUUUACACCUGAGGAGUGCAAGAACUGUGCCGAAUAUGCUAUAAAGGAAAAUAUUGGGGAAUUCUGGAAGACACGAGAAGGUGUCUUCAUGUAAUGCAAUCUAAGGCUUCAAUUAAAUCUUAAAGAAGAAAUCAAUUGUUAAAGUGAUCUUCUGACCAUUGAAGAUAAAAAGAUAGAGAACUUGAUUGUUGCUGUGUAUUAAAAAAUUGGAAGGAUUCCCUGUUUGUGUUUAUUAUUGAUAAUUCCCCUAUGGUAUUCCCAUCAUCUUUAAAACUUUUCAAGAACCCACUUUAAAAAAUUUAGUCACUAUGUCAGCAUUAGAUGAUAUUGUACUUUGAAUAUCUUUAUUUACAUAGGAUAAAAUAUAGCAAUGAAAAACCACAAAUUGAUUUUUUUCUGGUAAUUCCAUUUGCCAUUUUGUUGGAGCAAACAAUAUGAA